GGAAGUUAAACUAAAGAAACGAAUUAUGCUUAAAAAUUUGGUAGGAGAUAAGAUCCUUAAACAGGAGAGAACUUCCACCCCAGUGAGUGAGGAGGAUGGCUCUGAAAGUGAGGAUGGCAGGAAGCGAAGAGGGAGAAGAAGAGGUCACAGCAGUGAGUCCACCUCUUCAACAGAUGACUCACAGCUCUCUCCAGUUAAAAUGCCGCAGGGUAUUCAAGUUGAUCAUGAAGCAUCAGUAGAUUACUUGAAUCUUGAUUCUGUUUUACAGAAGGUACCCGAUAACAUGGCAAGUGAUAAGAUACCAAUUGUCAUUAUGUCAAAUUCUGAUCAAGAAGACAAACCUUCCAAAGCAAUGCCAAAGAGUCGCAAGUCUCGGAACUUUCUUGAAGAUAAAGCCAAAACCCGAGCUUUUAUGAAGAUGGCUUCUUCAUCCAGUGAAAAACUCUCUGGAGAGCAAGGAGGAGCUUAUGGCUUGUAUAGAAGACAAAGAUACCACAGAAAUGACAGGUUCAUGUUCACAAAAAAAUGUCAAAACAGAAACGGUAACAUCAAAGAGUAAAGGUUCUAGAAAAACACAAAAAUCAGACAUUAGUAAGGGUUCAGAUGUACUUCCAAAUGAAAAAGACCCUUCUGUAAAAGAAAAAAAUAUUACAGAG